AUGCCUCCAUUCAAUUACACGAUAAUCAUCGUUCUCUCUAAACAUCGAUUGGAUCUUUCCGCUUUGAGAAAAUCGCCCAAUCUGCGCAUUUUUGUCGUCGGACCGCCCAGACUACUGUAUGAUGAGACGAAUGUUGACGUCUACUAUCAGGUCGAACCACCGAUCAAAGAAGCCGAACAUUGUCAGCUCUUUCAAAAGGUCCGAGAACUUUGUUCAGUCUACGCCUCAACCCAACGCCGAUUGGUGACUUUUGAGAAACGAUUACAAUUGGCGAUUGCGAAGAUUCGAUUCGAAAUGGAUAUUGAGGGCUUCACUCCCGAUCAAUUGGAUCAAUUGAUGAGAAUUCGAGACACGAGUUCGGUCACGAGAAGGGGUGGAUUGACUACUGUAAGACAUUGCUCCCUGACCGGUCAACCACAACCCGAACAAUGGGUUGAGGUGGCGAAAUCACAUUUGGGGAGAUUCCCAGUGAUCAUCAAACCAAGUAAAAGUCUUGGCAAUUGUCCCCAUUCAAUGAGUAUCGCGAGAAAUGAAGAUGAACUUAAAAUGUGGAUUAGGACUCGUCUCUCUCGCGGUCGUCCCGAUGAGGAAUAUUUGAUAGAAGAAUGUUUAGAGGAUGGACAUGAAUUCACAGCUAUUUGUACGACAAAAAGUGGAUUGAUUGGCUGCAUCGUCACAGUGGAAACACAUCGAAGUAUUUAUGAAUGUAUUGGAGAUCAACGGCCUUAUGCUCUAGAAUAUUACAAUACCGAUCAAACGAGAGAUCUUUUACCCGGGGUGGAAUCUUUUGUGAUGCAAGCGAUUAAAACGAUUUUCGUCAAAUCCUCUGUUGGAGUCAUGUUUAUCAAAGGGUUUUAUAAGGGUCACAACGAGAUCUAUUUCAUGGGUGUCUCGUUGGAACCAGAUUGGGACAGUUUUCGAGCAUUGAUCACAUUUCCGAGGAAAGCGAAAAAUUGGGAAGUUCUUCAUGUGGAAAGUCUCAUCGAUGGAGAUGAAGGAAAGGAUACCCUCGACCCUCCCUCCACUUCAUAUCAUUCAAUGCUCAACUUCCCCACCCAAGAAGGCGUUCUCAUUCAUCAAACGACAAUUGCAAAACGAAGAACCUCGGAGAUGAGGGUGUGUUGGAGAACAGCUGAAGGACAAGAAUUGAAAGAUGCUGAAGGACCGGAUGAUAAUGUUUUACAGGUAUUCAUGUCGAAUCCAGAUCGCUCAAAACUAUUGGCAGAAGCGGGAGACAUCCUCCAAAAUACCGAUAUAACAAUCGAUCGAAAUCCGAUUGAACAAAAGAAUCUGAUUUGUAGGAGAAAUUUGGCAAGAUUAUCCGGACAAAAAGAGCUCAUUCGAAGCUGUACAACGACUGAU